AAUACCUAGAACAUAGUUCAAUAAUCAUCAGUGUACUCGUUGUUUUUUUGGUGAAAACAAAUUUAUUUUCAAACAUCACAUUUUGUCAAAGUGUAUACAUAUUUUUAGUCUAAAACAUAUUCAAAAUGGCUACAAAGUUGAUUAUGUUUGCCACUUUGGUCGGGCACUUGGCCUUUGCUUAUCCACCCAUUGCGCACAAGAGUUACGUGGCCGACCAUCAUUACGAUCACGCACCUGAACCAUACCAUUUCGAGUACGGUGUAAAAGAUCUGCACACGCACGACAUCAAGAGCCAGCACGAGGUGAGCGACGGUCACGGUAACGUCAAAGGAUCGUACCGUCUCGUGGAGCCCGACGGUUCUACCCGAGUGGUCGAGUAUACCGCUGACCACGAACACGGUUUCAACGCCGUUGUCAAGAAGAUCGACGCACCCCAUUACCAUGGCGGGCACUCUGCAGACACCGAGAACUACCAUCAACAUCACGAGUUACUUCAUCCGUACGAACAUUCGUCGUACGACAAGUAUUACUGAAAUUAAAAAAAAAAAGAUGAGGACGCCGAUUACACAGGAAAAUGUAUUGCCAAACAGCUGGCCAUAUGGUACGAAUUAUUUGCUGUAUUAUGCAUGUCGUGUAUAUUUUUUUUAUUGAAUAAAACAUUCACCAUUGUUAUUAUAAGA